ACAAAAAGAUAGUCAGGUAACUGGCAGAAUACACAACAACUGUGAGAAGUUUCUUGGAAGUUUUCCGUAACCUAGCAGCAUGGCGGAUCUUUAUGUUCCUUCACGAACUCCUGCAGUUAUAACGCACCAUAGCGACUGAAGUCAUCUGAAGCUUAAACAAGUUGGCUAAGAGGACUGAGAGAGUUCACCGGCCGGAAAAUCUAUUCUGAUCAGAACAUAUGGGUGAUAAAUAUGGAUGAUUCACAUAACUAAAAUUAUCUUAUCAAUCCAAAGUAAUCGUAACGACAUUGUGGUUUCGUCCUUUCGAUCUCUCGAGAAUCUCUAGCAUACUCUUGAAUGCUGAGUAUGGAAAACUCUGAAAGACUUGAAACAGAUGAGGAAGCUACGGAAUUUGUUCAUCGGAGGGGCUCGUUGCGAGACUCUGAAUCCUUCGAUCACAAGAAAGAUAUUGAAAUCCGGCCUUUUGAGAAAAUCAGAGAGCUUCGUUUUAAAAUCAGUGAAAACAUAAAUAACAAUUCUCUGAGCCAAGUUGGGCGUAAUGACGACGCUUUUCUGUUGAUGUUCCUAAGAGCUCGACAGUACCUUGUGGACGAAUCAUUCAAACUUCUGUCCAACUACAUUGAAUUUCGCCAAAACAACGUUUCUUUGAUGGAAAAUCUAUCUGCAUGGGAGUUGAACCACGUGUUAGAAGACGGCCUUCCAUGUGUUUUGCCAUACACUGAUCAAAAUGGCGCUAAACUUAUUGUUUUCUUCGCCGGCAAUUGGGAUAAAGAUACUUACGGCACACUAGAGAUUUUGAAGGCAUUCAUUUUAACCAUGGAACGCUUGAUUGAUACAGACGAGGCGCAGCUCAAUGGAAUCGUAAUAAUUGCAGAUUUUUCAGGCUGGAGUGCUACUCACACAUCCAAUUUGACUGUUUCUUUUAUUCGUCAAGUUUUCGCCAUGUUCCAGGAUCACUACCCGGCGAGAUUUGUCGCAUUUCAUUUUGUGAACGAACCCUGGUAUGUAAAGGCUGGACUAACUUUAAUGAAACCAUUUAUUCAGGAAAAGAUGUGGAAGAGGAUACACUUACAUGGUAACAAUAAAGUGACACUUCACGACCAGUGUCACCUGGACACGCUGCCGGCGGAGUUUGGUGGAAAUAAGCCUGCAGUGGACCGCACGUACUGGGCACGAGUAUUACUCGAUUUGGAGAAAACGAACCGAAGUCACGUGUAUGGAGAAAACCCAUUCAGAGGGCUGCUUAGCAUGGAUAUUGACAAGUAAGAAAUCCCACACGUGAUUAACACGUGGUCAUUCAGGCUUAGAGAGAAAGAAAACCUGGGGACUUGGCUUGGCAAUUGAGAAGCGCUCGUACAAGUUUGGACAGAAAAGAAAAGAUGCAGAGAGUAGCACACAGAGCUGUUGGUUUGCAAAUUCAUAGAGUGGUGGCAGUUGGAAAAUUCUACUAAAAUUGUAAUAUAUUAUCUGAAAAAGAAAGAUUUCCUGAAACUAGUGGUUUCAGAACACGCAAGAGAAAUAACAAAACUUGAUGUUGUACAAAUAAAUAACCUUCAUUUUAAAAAAAUGCUAUGAGAGCCAGUGCACUAGACUCUGGGUUAAGAGGUCUGUGUAUCGGUGUUGUACUCUUAGGCAAAACACAUUGCUUUACAGUGCCUCUCUACACCCAGGAGUAUAAAUAGAUACUGCCAGAUUGUUGGUAAAGCCUGAUGAAAUGCUAGGAUGGGUGCAGAGGGGGGGAAUGAAGAGUAACCUGCAAUGAGUUAGCAUUCCUGUCAGGGGAUUAGCAAUUCUCUGGGGCCCAGUUGUAUAAAGGACGGAUAUUGCUAUCCAAUUGAUAAAUUGCUCUCUCAGGUGAUAGAAAAAAAAAACUGUACCAUCCACCCAGUAAAGAUUUAUCCAGUGGAUAACAUUAUCCAAGCUUUGAAUAAACGGGGCCUGAUCUCUUCAUAUUACAGAAAGUGGGAUACACGCCAACUGAAUGAGUCACUUAACUUUGAUUUUACUUUCGAAACUUCAGUUGGAAAAGUUAGCCACAUAACAAACUUUCAUUGAGCUCUUUCAGAAUAAAGUCACCUUGUU